CACACCCACUACCUAAUCAACCACAAAGAGCCAUGGAUCGUUGCCGGCCUCAUGCGCUCCUAGUAGCCCUCACAGUUGUGCUCCUCACUGCAAGACCCUCUCGGAGCAUGUGCCCCGCCUGCACCGUGUUGUGUAGUGGUGCUCGCGGCCCUUGCGGCAUCACCAACUACCGUGGCGCCUGGCAGGAUGGAAAGUCAUGCGUUGUCUCGAGGGUUGAGUACCCAAGCACCGAGGAAGAGCUCGUCGCCGCUGUCGCCAACGCGGUGCGCGAGGGCCGCCCCAUCAAGCUCAUGGGCCCCAUGUCCCACACUGCCAAUCGCUUCCCGUGCCCUGGUGGCGACAAGUCCGGCGUGCUCAUUAAUACCAGGGACCUCAACUCGUUCGUAUCCAUCGACCAAGCCGAGCUCAUGGUCACAGCUGACGCAGGUGUUAAAGUGCGUGACCUCGCAGCGAGGCUCGCGAGCUCGGGCCUCACGCUCACGCAAACACCCUAUUUCGACGCCGUCACGAUCGGGGGAGUCAUCAGCAUGGGUGCGCAUGGGAGCGGGCUCAGGGGCGGGGGCGGGGCAGUGCAUGAAUACAUAGUCCGGUUGCGCAUGGUGGUUGCUGCACCACCAAACAAUGGGUUUGCUAAGGUGGUGGAAUUGGGUGGUGAUGAUGAAAGUAGGCACUUGUUCGAUGCAGCUAGGGUUUCAAUUGGCACUCUUGGGGCCAUAUCAAGAGUAACAUUGAGGGUGGAGAGGAUGUUCAAGAGGCAAGUGUUUUUAAGUGUUAAAGGGGAUGAAGACUUGGAAGAUACUCUGGUGGAGCAUGGUAAGGAGCAUGAGUUUGGCGAUAUAACAUGGUACCCAUCACUAGGUAAGGUGGUGUAUCGGAUCGACGAUCGUGUGUCUAACAGCAUGCCUGGACAUGGGAGAAAAAUGGAGAUGGCUUUCAGGCCUCAGACUGUUGACUCCAUUGUCAAAAGACGACUUCAAGUGUGUGUUGGCGCAGAGGAGCAGAUCCAAGCUAGCAGAGACUCCAGACAGCUCUGCAAUAUCUCCAAAAACCAAUUUCACCAGGGAAUCCAUGCUGGUGCAGGGUUUCUCAACGACGGAAAGUCCUUCCAUGGCUUCCCGGUGGUCGGGUUCAAUAACAUGAUGCAAUCCUCCUCCGCCUGCCAAGCUUGCGACCAGCAUUGCAACAAUGACGAUGGACAACUCUCCGGUGAUGAUCAAGUCUGUGCUUGGGACCCACGGAUCAAUGGUAGCUUCUACUUCCAUUCCUCGAUUGCAGUGCCUCUGAGGCAUGCCGCCUCCGCCAUCGGUGACAUAAAACGCCUUGCCAUCACCAAUCCUAACACGCUUUGCGCCGUAGAUUUCUAUGGUGGAUUGCUCAUGCGCUUCCUCAAAAAGUCCCAGGCUCAUUUAGGCAACAAAGAGGACGCCAUCCACAUGGAGUUCUUCUAUUACAGCUCUCGUCGGCCCGAGGAGCCGCGAUGGAAUGAGCACAUAAUGGAAGAAAUGGAGCAAAUACUGCUGUUCAAGUACAGUGGAAGGCCUCAUUGGGCUAAGAACAGGGUCUAUGCUUUCAAGGGAGUCACAGAGAAGGUAGCAGACUGGGGGCAAUUUGUUAAGGUGAAGAAGGAGAUGGACUCUUUGGGCUUCUUCUCGAGUGCUUGGUCUGAUACGGUGCUGGGGCUGGGGAGCAUCGGCCGGGUUGAGAGAAGGCGCCCUCGGUGUGCUCUCGAUGGGCUUUGUGUGUGCGAGAGUGACCUCGAUUGUGCACCGGAGGCGGGCCUUGUGUGUGCAAAUGGUACUGUAUGGAGUCGUGCCCGAGUUUGCCGGCCGUCGAAAAUUUAACUAAAAGAGGUGUCACUAAGUGAGGCUCUUGUUUCUUCAUGCUUCACUUACCUAGUGUUUGCAAUGUCGAUGUCUGCAACCUGUUUGUUGUUCUGCGGAACCCGAAAGUAAUUUGGAGUUCUUUUGCUUGUUCCUUUUUUGGGUAAAUUUUUUUUUUUUUGUUUUUUUGAAGAAUUUGUAGUUAUUUUUGGGGUGAACAAUCUACCCGAAUAAUGAUUACAUGUUUUGCUUGCACUCUAUGGUAAUUACUAGCGGAAUGUAUACAACAAGAACAUUUAUUUA